AUGGCAGCUCAUAACGUUGUUAUCCUGAAGGCUGCAUUCGCAGCUUGUCUAUUGCGCCCUGAUCCUACUUCGGUUCCUCUAGAUGAGAUAAGCGCGUUCCACACCUCCCUCGAGCGCGCGCUGUCGCAUUGCUCCCCAGUCAACAUUCAGACCUGUAAAGCCUGGUUGCUGCGCCAGGUUGCCUUUUCAUCCAAUAGGGUUGGGGGGUUGGUUAACUACCUGGAUGCUCUCGCUGCAUCCUUCCAACCACAGCCCACUGGAUCCAAAUUGUCACCGAAGCGCCAACGCCUCCACAUCCUUUACUUGCUUAACGAUCUGUUACAUCAUUGCAAGUAUCAUCUAGGCACCACUACGACCUUCUCCACAGUCAGCGGGUCCCUGCAGUUGCAUCUCGUGAACUUGGUCGGUCACGCAGCGACAAGUGAUCGUCAAAAGAACCCACGUCACCAUCGACGGCUAGAUGAUCUGCUAGAUGUCUGGUCUGAGCACGAAUACUUUCAUCCCGAUCUGGUCAAUAAGCUUCGCGAAGUUGUAGCCAUGGGUGGCCCCCCACCCUCCAACGAUACGGCCGAGCUAAACCCAGCCAAGAAGUCCGGCAAGGAUGUACCCUUUAUCGUACCAUCUACACAUGGAGAUCUAUCCACCCGUUGGCAUGAAAUUCGUGUGGGCAACAUUUAUCCUCACAUUAUUCCCAACUCGACUAUUCCCAUUCAAACCGAUGCCAUAAGACCGAUACAAUUACUAGCAGGUCCCGCCAGCCGAAAGUCGGUGGAAACACUCAAAGCCUUUUUUGCUGAUGUGAACAAUUCUUUCGACCGGGAAACUCACCGGGAUGAUAGACAUACAGACACCGAUCAGGCGGGGCAGAAAGUCACCCGGGGUGAGAACACGUCUGAUAUCCUCGAUGGCGAACAUUACUACGGAUGGUCUCUUGAAUUCUCUCAAGCCACAGACACAGAUACCGAGGACUCGCGCAGCCGAAGCCGCAGUCGAACUCGCAGCCGCAGUCAUUCGCGGACUAAUCACAAGCGCCGACGCUACAGUGACAGCUCCAGCAGCCGGUCCGAGUCGAAUUCUCCAAGUGGAUCACGAUCAUACAGAAAUGGCUUCCGCCAUUACCGUAACAGACGAUCGAAAAGCCGCUCUCCACAGCGCUCACGCAGCCGCGAAAGUUCAUACACACCUCGUGAACCGCCCACUUCACACUUCCCGCCCCCUCACCAUCCUCAACAUCCCCCUGCACCUAUCAACUCCUUCCCCCCUACCCACCCCCCAACUGGACAAUAUGCUCAUCCUCCCAUGGGUCCCAACACCGGCUACGCCCAAGUACCUCCACCCAACUACGGUUCUUGGCCUCCUCCGCCUCCGCAUAUGCCCUUCCCCCCACCAGGGCCCGGAUCCUCAUCAUCUGCCUUCCCCCCUCCGUACCACCAUCAUCCCUCUCUGCAACAGGGACAGAACCAGGGACAGCAGCAGGAGUACGGGAUGCCCCCUAACCAGCACCACUUCCCCCCUCCUUACUCUGGGGGUCAGCAGGGUGGGCCAUGGGGACCACCUCCCCAGGGUGGGCGGGGAUGGAAAUAG